CCAAUCAGAACGCUUUCCUAUACUCUAUAUAGGCCGACAUUUUCUGACAAGCGUAGAAAAAGUUUUCAUCAACAGCCGCCAUUUUGCGCUGGAGAGACUGAGAAGAAUUUCGGAAUUUGUCGUGUAAAUUUUCUGUUUUUUCUUACAUCAUUUUAUCAUAAACUUUAUCAUUCCGUGUAUUUUAAAGUGUUAAGUGAAAUCGUGUUGUUCGAUAGCGUAAAUAAGUUCCAUAAAGUAGCUAAAAUCUGGUGAUAUUGUUUUCAUUUAUUGUGCUAGUUCCGACGGAAGAUGGUGAGAGGGUCUGUGUAGCUCUUCGAUUCGGAGCUUUGUAAUGGCGAAUACUUGAGUGAGAAAUUAUAAUAUGUGCCUUCAAUGGUGCGAAGGACAUCGAACGAUCGCGAUGUGGGUGAAUUACAUUAUGAUGAAUGACAAAUCGCUCUAAAAUGUUAUUUCUUGAAGAUAUAAGACUUAUAAGUGUUUUUUAAAUCGGCGGGCCGAAAUAUUCACGACGGCUUACGUUUAGUAAACAGAGCCAUGGCCGAUGAGCCGCCUAACAAGCGGCCUAAGAUGAUCCGGGACCCUUUUCAGGGUCCCUCGGACUCCGCGGUAGAUGGGUUCUCUAACCUUGACAUGUUCGACCUUGAAAAGGACCUCCCUGAUGAGUUAAUGGGAGGUUCUUGGGGCGAGCAACCAGGAGUCACAGGCCCAAAGCCCCCUGCGCAGGGCCCUGGGCCCGGGGGGCAAAUGGUCUCACAGCAGCAGCUUAAUGGGGAUGACCCAACAGGUGCAAUUCAAAGGCAAAUUAACAAUCACCUUAUACAACAAGGCAACAAAGGUGGCUUAGGCCACAACCCUUUAGGGUUGAAUAACUUAGGUAGUAAGAGUCCAAACUUACAAUCACCUCCAAAUGUGUCCGUAUCAAAGGACCUCAUGGGUAAUAUGCACCCACAACUAAUGCCAAAUACGAGUCAUCCAAAUCAACUACACUCCACAAUGCCUAUGAGUUCUAUUCAGGGAGGCAUGAAUGUAGCAAAUGUUGGUGGAAACAUGAUAGUGACGAAUAGCAACAUGAGUGGUGCGGGAAUGCUGGGCAGUGGGAUCAUCAACAAGCAGCUGCCCACACUGAUGGGCGCCAACCAUCACCCACAGCAACAGCACCAUCCACAUGCCCAGGCUAUGCAAAACGGUCCGCUGAGCGGGCGAGUGGGCGUAGGCAUGGGCCCGGGCAACAUGCGCACGGCCCUGCAGCACCACCCGCGCAUGCCGGCGCCGGGCGGCGGCGGGCACCCGCUGGCGCCCUACCACCCGCCCUACGCGCAGUCGGCGCAGGGCCCCGGCGUGCCGCCCGUGCAGCGCGCCGUCAACGCGGGCGCCGUGGGCGUGCGCUUCGGGCCGCCGGCGGACGCGGGCGGCGGCGGCGCGGCGCAGGCCGUCCCGCCCGCGCCCUCGCCGCAGACGCCGGGCGCGCCGGCCGGCGGCCAGUCGCAGCCGCAGGCCGCCACGCAGGCACCCUCCUCGCAGCCGCCCAGCGCCUCGCAGCCACCCACCUCCGGCUCAAUCGCCGACCCAGAGAAGCGAAAACUCAUCCAGCAGCAGCUUGUGCUGUUGCUACACGCACACAAGUGCCAGAGGCGGGAGUCACAGUCCAACGGCGAGACGUGGCAGUGCACGCUACCGCACUGCAAGACCAUGAAGGGAGUUCUCAACCAUAUGAUGUCAUGUCAGGCGGGCAAAAACUGUGCGGUACCUCACUGCUCGUCGUCAAGACAAAUCAUAAAUCAUUGGAAACAUUGUAAUAAAAAUGACUGUCCGGUUUGUUUGCCGCUAAAACAAGCUGAUAGGACUAGAAAUAUGAAUGCAGCGGCAGUGACGCAUACGACAACGGGAGUGAAUAGUGGUAACGUCGGAAACGUCGGCGGUGUGGGCCCCGUCGGCGGAGUCGGAGGAGUUGUCGGCGUGAGUGGCGUGGGGGGAGUGGGCGGCGCGGGCAACUCCAUGGGCGGCGUGAACCAGCUGGGCGGCGUGAGCACGCAGUCCGUGGCGCCGGCGCCCGCGCCCGCCGCGCCCGCGCCCAGCACGCAGGGCGCCGACAUGAAGCGCGCCUACGAGGCGCUGGGCAUCGCCUGCCCCACGUCGGUGUCGGGCAUGGUGGGCGGCUUCGCGCGCGCGCCGCUGUCGCGCAUGCCCGUGCCGCGCCCGCCCAGCCUCUCCGACGUCGUGCCCCAGCAGCAGCAGGCCAUGCAAUCGCUCUUUGCGCAGCAGCCCUCGGACCUGCAGCAACAGCAGCAACAACAACAGCAGCAGUUGAUGGGCGCAGGUACACUUCAACUACCGGGCGGAGCCGUAACCGCCAACCCAGUUUCUGGCACCAAAGAAUGGCACCAUUCAAUUACGGCAGAUCUCAGGAACCACCUCGUUCACAAAUUGGUGCAAGCAAUAUUUCCUACACCGGAUCCAACGGCGAUGUUAGAUAAGCGAAUGCAUAACUUAGUGGCAUACGCGAGAAAAGUCGAAGGAGACAUGUAUGAAAUGGCUAGUACACGAUCGGAGUAUUACCAUUUGCUAGCUGAAAAGAUAUACAAAAUACAGAAGGAACUCGAAGAAAAGAGACAAAAACGAAAGGAGCAGCAACAAUUGCAAGCACAACAGCAACAGGCUGCUCAGCAACAGCAACAACAACAGCAACAGCAGCAACAACAACAACAAGUAGUGCAAUUACAGCAGCAGCAACAACAACAACCUGUAAGCGUAAUGUCUGGUGGCGGAGUACUGGGUGGAGUCGGCGGCCCGAGGCCAGGAGUGGGAGGGUCGCUCACCAGGCCAACGCUACCCGCUAUGGGCUCGCAGCCGGCGCUACCUGCAAUGCGUAUUCCUUCGCCCGGCAUCGCGCUAUCGAUGCCUGCUAACCGAAUGGCUUUCCCCUCCAACCUCGUGGGCCCGCCGGGACCGAGUCCUAACCAAAUGCCGCAGACGCCGAACGGCGGCAGCGUGGGGAAUCCGGGCAUGUCGCCUUUCGGGCAGCCGAUGACGUCGCCCGCGCCGCAGUACCCGUCGAUGCAGUCGAACGGGCCGGCGCCGCUGGCCUCGCCCGGCCACCCCGACGCCAAGGUGCGGCUGCUGGGCAGCGCCGUGCAGAGCCCCUUCGUGAACCACGCGGGCUUCGGGCGCGGGGACGCGGCGGCGUCGCCGGCGGGGCAGGCGCCGCCCAGCGUGGCGCCCGCCACGCCCGCCACGCCGCUGGCGCUGCCCUCGCCCGCGCCGCGCGCGCCGCCCGCGCCCGCCGCGCCGCCGCAUCUGGCCGCGCUGCCCGCCUGCGUCGCGCCCGACGACAGUCCGGCGCCAGACGAGUCGCGUGUCAAGCAUGACUCGGAAGACAGUCGUAUCAAGGACGAACCCGACGAAGACUGCGGCGGCAAGGGCAUGCGCGACGAGACACCCUCGGACAAGGACGGUAAUGACCGGCCAGAUUUCAGCAUCAAGACCGAAAUCAAACAGGAGAUCAAAUCAGAAGUGAAGGAAGAACCUGGCGAGACGAGCGUGGGAAGCGAUUCGGGGCUAGGCGACCGCGGGCGGCGCACGUUCGUGUUCAAGCCGGAGGAGCUGCGCGUGGCGCUGAUGCCGACGCUGGAGAAGCUGUUCCGCCAGGACCCGGAGUCGCUGCCCUUCCGCCAGCCCGUGGACGCGCAGGCGCUCGGCAUCCCCGACUACUUCGACAUCGUCACCAAACCCAUUGACCUCUCCACUAUCAAACUUAAGCUCGACCGCGGCGAGUACCGGGACCCCUGGGAGUACGUCGACGAUGUUUGGCUGAUGUUCGAGAAUGCUUGGCUUUACAACCGCAAGAACUCAAGAGUCUAUAGAUAUUGUACUAAGCUGUCGGAAGUAUUCGAGCAAGAGAUUGACCCUGUGAUGCAGAGCCUUGGCUACUGUUGCGGUAGAAAGUACACCUUCAACCCUCAAGUGCUGUGCUGCUAUGGCAAGCAGCUGUGCACCAUACCGCGGGACGCCAAGUACUUCAGUUACCAGAACAGAUACACCUUCUGCCAGAAAUGCUUCAACGACAUCCAGGGCGACACCGUCACGCUCGGCGACGACCCGCUGCAGCCGCAAACAGCAAUCAAGAAGGAUCAGUUCAAGGAAAUGAAGAACGAUCAUCUAGAACAAGAACCAUUUGUUGUAUGUAUGGAUUGUGGGAGGAAGCAGCACCAGAUUUGUGUGCUACAUCACGACUCUAUAUGGCCCCUCGGCUUCUGCUGUGAUAAUUGUUUGAAGAAGAAAGGGGCUAAGCGGAAAGAGAAUAAAUUCUCAGCUAAGAAACUUCCUCCUUCCAAACUUGGCAUUUAUAUUGAAACACGAGUCAACAACUUCCUCAAGAAGAAAGAGGCCGGUGCAGGCGAAGUUCAUAUCAGGGUUGUUGCGUCGUCUGACAAGAUGGUGGAAGUAAAACCCGGAAUGCGAUCGAGGUUCGUAGAAUCUGGAGAGCUGUGCGCCGAGUUCCCGUAUCGGGCCAAAGCGUUGUUUGCAUUUGAAGAGAUCGAUGGUACCGAUAUCUGUUUCUUCGGCAUGCACGUGCAGGAAUACGGCAGUGAAAGUCCGUCACCUAACACGAGGCGUGUAUACAUAGCAUAUCUAGACUCUGUACAUUUCUUCCAACCUCGGCAAUACCGGACUGCCGUCUACCACGAGAUUUUAUUAGGAUAUUUAGACUAUGCAAAACAACUGGGCUACACAAUGGCCCACAUCUGGGCGUGUCCACCGUCAGAAGGUGACGACUACAUAUUCCACUGCCAUCCACCCGAACAAAAAAUACCUAAACCCAAAAGGUUACAAGAGUGGUAUAAGAAAAUGUUAGAUAAAGGAAUCAUAGAGAGGAUAAUACUAGAUUAUAAAGACAUACUUAAGCAAGCUAUGGAGGACAAUAUCUCGUCAGCGGCGGAGCUGCCUUACUUCGAAGGUGACUUCUGGCCCAACGUCUUGGAGGAGUCGAUCAAGGAGUUGGACCAGGAGGAGGAAGAGAAGAGGAAGCAAGCCGAAGCCGCCGAGGCAGUGAUAUUCCAGUCCUCUGAGGAGAAUGAGCAAGGUCCUGAUGGCAAGAAAAAAGGCCAGAAAAAGGCGAAGAAGUCGAACAAGUCGAAAGCUGCGCAGCGGAAGAAUAGCAAGAAGCAAAGCGACCAGCAGCAAGGCAGUGAUCUCAGUGCAAAGAUAUUUGCCACCAUGGAGAAACACAAGGAAGUGUUCUUCGUUAUCAGGCUACAUUCCGCACAAUCUGCUGCCAGCUUAGCACCUAUUGGCGAUCCGGACCCCUUACUUAACUGUGAUUUGAUGGACGGACGCGAUGCGUUCUUAACGAUGGCUCGCGACAGACAUUAUGAGUUCUCAUCAACGCGGCGAGCGAGGUUCUCGACUCUGUGCAUGUUGUACGAGUUACACAACCAGGGCACGGACAAGUUCGUGUACACGUGCAACAGCUGCAAGUCGCACGUGGAGACCCGCUACCACUGCACCGUGUGCGACGACUUCGACCUGUGCGUGCCCUGCCACGAGAAGGAGGGCCAUCCGCACAAGAUGGAGAAGCUCGGCCUCGACAUCGACGUGGGCUCGUCCCCGGGCGACAUGAAGCAGGCCAACCCGCAGGAGGCGCGCAAGCUGUCCAUCCAGCGCUGCAUCCAGUCGCUGGUGCACGCCUGCCAGUGUCGCGACGCCAACUGCCGCCUGCCGUCCUGCCAGAAGAUGAAGCGCGUCGUCACGCACACCAAGAUCUGCCGCCGCAAGACCAAGGGCGACUGCCCCAUCUGCAAGCAGCUCAUCGCGCUGUGCUGCUACCACGCCAAGCACUGCCAGGAGACCAAGUGCUCCGUGCCCUUCUGCAGCAGCAUCAAGCAGAAGCUGAAGCAGCAGCAGGUGCAGCAACGCGUGCAGCAGGCCAAAUUGCUGCGCCGGCGUAUGGCAGCCAUGAACACGCGCGGCGCGGCGCCUCCCUCGCCGCCGCCUACUGCUGCCUUGGCUUCGCCGCCACCUUCCAAGCCCGCUACGCACGCGCUGCCACACAAUGUGCAGAAGGCGCUGCAGCAGGUACAAGAGGAAGCGGCCAGGCAACAAGCCCCUUCGUACGGCAAGCAAGCUGCCAUGGGUCCGCCCGGAGGUGGCGUAGGCGGGGUCGGCGGCGUGCAGGUGGGAGGCGUGGGCACGGUGGGCGGCGUGGGCGGGGCGGGCGCGGGCGCGCGCGCGGACUGGGCGGCGCGCUACCGGGCCCCGCCCCCGCUGCACCACCACGCGCACGCGCACGCGCCGCUGCACGUGCGCCUGCCGCAGCACCACGCGCCGCCGCACCACCCGCACCCGCAGCACCCGCAGCAGCUGCAGCAGCCAAGAGCACCUGCGCCGCAGCAGCAGCAAACACCUCCUCAAGUCCAUCAAAAAGCGUUGCAGCAGUUGAUGGCGACGUUACGGUCGCCCACCAGCCACAACCAGCAGCAAGAAAUCUUGCAAAUACUCAAGUCUAAUCCACCGCUUAUGGCCGCCUUUAUCAAACAAAGACAGAAUGCCCAAAACCAGCAACAAGCAGCCGGCGGCGUGGGCGGUGUGGGCCCGGUCGGCGGAGUCGGCUCGGUGAGUGGAGUGAGCGCCGUAUGUGGCGUUGGCGGCGUGGGCGGAGUGGGCCUACAGCAGCAACAGCCGCAGCUCACGCACAUGAUGCAGCCGCAGCAACAGCAAAGGUUGCAGCAGAUGCAUCAGAUGCUACCCCAACAGACACAAGUGGGUGGCGUGUCUGGAGUGGGAGGCGUGUCGGGCGUGGGCCUGGGCGGCGCGGGCGGCGGCGCGGGCUGGUUCAAGGGCGGCGUGGGCGCGGUGGGCGGCGUGGGCCCGGGCGGCAACAUGAUGGGCAUGCGCGGCACGUACAGCGCGGGCCCCGGCGCGCGGAUAGGCGGCGUGCCCGCGCGCUACGCGUUCAGCAGCGGCGCGGGCGUGGGCGUGGCGCGCUCGCCGCCGGCCACGCCCUCGCCGCGCCCGCCCACGCCGUCCGAGCUGCUGCUGCUGCGGCAGUCGCCCGCGCCGCCCGCGCCGCACGCGCCGCCGGACGACCAGCUGCCGCCCAUGACGCCGCAGGACCAGCUCACCAAGUUCGUGGAGCAGUUGUAGUGUACAUAGCCGACGCGCGCGCGGCCCUGUGUACAUAUAGCCUAGGCCGGCCGCCGCGCGCUGCGAACCCUCGCGAGUGCCCUCCCCGCCCUAUUUAUUGAUCGAGUUGUUGUCGUUAGCGACGCGAGGGACGUAAAUUAAGUAUUACGAUGACCGAAACGAGCGCUCAAUGUACAAAAUGUAAAUAUGAGAGGAGUACGUCCUGUCCGCUUCUGCGUAAUGUAAGUUGUUUGUAGUGUAGGUACAUUAUGAUACUUAUUCUGUUUAUUGUAAUUAAAUCAUUUUAUAAUAUAAUUAUGUGAUCAUUAUAAAA